AUGGCACGGGCCAAGCUGGGAGGUACUCGAAUGGGUGCCAUCAGGGCGUACCUCUUUGGUUACUUCCUGUGUCUUCCUGGAUUCUUGUUCGGAUAUGACACUGGCAUCGUCGGUGGUGUCUUGACCAUGGAGUCGUACCAGAGAGACUUCGGCUACAGCGACAACACAACAGUAUCCGCGGUCAUGGUGUCCAUGCAGAAUGUUGGAGCCUUCCUGGCCGCCAUCAGCAUCUUCACUGUCUCUAAAAAGUUCGGACGGCGCAAGACGCUUCAGGCUGCGUGCACCAUCUUCUGCAUUGGUGUCACCCUUCAAGUGGUACCGUCUGGCUCGCUCGCUUGCUUCUACGUCGGGCGUUUUGUCGCAGGCUUGGGACUGGGCUCUGCAACGGCAGUAGCUCCUGGAUACAAUGCCGAGAUGGCACCAAAGGAAAUUCGCGCAAGACUCGGUGGCGGCGUGCAAUGGCUGUUUGCCUUGGGAGUGAUGAUCAGCUACUGGCUUGACUACGCUGUCGUCCAGACACUUCCAUCCAGCUCCAAGCAAUGGCAGAUACCCGUCGGUCUCCAGAUGGUCCCUCCGGCGGUAAUUGCCAUUGGUCUCAUCUUCUGCCACGAGUCUUGCAGAUGGCUGGUGAAAGAGGACCGUAUCGAGGAGGCCUGGGAGAGCCUGAAGUGGAUUCGCGCUGAUGAUGGUCCGGAGGUCAGAGCAGAGUUUGAGGAGAUCAAGACCGGUCUGGCCGAAGAGUUCCGUGCAAAGGCUGGCUUCAAGAAGAGCGAGCUCCUCGAGCCUGCGAACCGCUACCGCCUCCUCCUCGGUUUUGGCAUCUUCGUCGGGCAGCAGUGUACUGGAAUGACUGCACUUGCAUACUUCGCUCCCCAGAUUUUUGCCGUGCUCGUUGGAGACGACCAAACGCAGAAUCUCUUGAUCACUGGAUUGUUUGGAGCACAGAAGUUUAUCACUUGCGGUGCAUACAUCCUCCUAGUCAGCGAGAGAUUUAACCGCCGCCCUACAUUCUGGAUCUCGGCGAUCCUCAUGGCGGUUUGCUUCAUCAUCGUCGUCAUCGUCAAUAAGACAGCUUUCGGCGAUGGCACCGGACCGAAUGCUCGCCCCGCUGGUAUCGGCACGGUGGCCAUGAUCUUCUUGACCAACUCGAUUUACCAGUUUUCAUGGGGACCUCUCCCGUGGCCCUACACAGCUGAGAUCUUCCCCUCGCGCAUCCGCGAGUUCGGUGGUGGGUUGUCGGUCAGCACUCAGUGGCUGUUCAACUUCCUCUUCUCCCUCGUCACACCAUACAUGGUCAACUCCAUGGGCUCCUAUGUCUUCCUCUUCUACGCCAUCUUGGACGUCAUCAUGUCGGCCCUCGCUUUCAUGUUCGUCAAGGAAACCAAAGGACGAUCGAUCGAGGAGAUGGAGACGAUCUUCCACAGCAAGGCUGCUUUCGAUGUGGAUCUGGCUAGGAAGAGAGGCGCUACUGAGAAUGAGGCCGAAAUCAUCGAGCAUGUCGACCAUGGCGAUGGGACCGACAAGGCGAAGGACACUAAGAUUGAGCUUUAG